UCCAAAGCUCUAGCAACAAAUUAACCCUCCUCCCCCCUUACAUUUUUCUCUUCUUAAUUUAUUUAUAUCUCCUUCUCGUAUCUAUCUUAUCGAAAGAUGGUGAUCCCCGUCAUCGAUUUCUCGAAGUUGGAAGGCGAGGAGCGCGCCGAAACCAUGGCCCAGAUCGCUAACGGAUGCGAAGAGUGGGGAUUCUUUCAGCUGGUGAACCAUGGGAUCCCGGUGGAGCUACUCGAUCGCGUGAAGAAGGUUUGCGCCGAAUGCUACAAGUUAAGGGAGGAAGGGUUCAAGGAGUCGAAGCCUGUACAGAUGCUGAAGGAAAUGGUGGACCGAGAAGGCGAGGGGCUCGCUGUUAACGAGUUGGAUGAUAUGGAUUGGGAGGAUGUGUUCACUCUCCAAGAUGAUAAUCAGUGGCCAUCCAACCCUCCAGAGUUUAAGGAAACUAUGAUGGAGUAUAGGCGCGAGUUGAAAAAGCUGGCGGAGAAGAUGCUGGAGAUCAUGGAAGAGAACCUAGGCCUGGAGAAGGAUAUAAUGAAGGGCGCAUUCACCAGCGGCGACGACUACGCGCCGUUCUUCGGGACGAAAGUCAGCCACUACCCGCCGUGCCCCCACCCCGACCUCGCCACGGGCCUGCGCGCCCACACUGACGCCGGUGGCGUCAUCCUCCUCUUCCAGGACGACGAGGUCGGCGGCCUGCAGAUCCUCAAAGACGGCCGCUGGGUCGACGUCCAGCCGCUGGCCGACGCCAUCGUCAUCAACACCGGCGACCAGAUCGAGGUCAUCAGCAACGGCCGGUACAAGAGCGUCUGGCACCGCGUGCUCGCCACCCGCGACGGCAACCGCCGCUCCAUCGCCUCCUUCUACAACCCCGCCCUCGAGGCCACCAUCGGCCCCGCCACCAAUGCCGCCGCCGCAUACCCCACGUUCGCGUUCGGAGACUACAUGGACGUGUACGUGAAGCAGAAGUUCCAGGCCAAGCAGCGCAGGUUCGACGCCAUGGCGAAGGUGUAAUUCCGUCGAUCGAUCGAUCGAUCGUACAGUGCUAGUAAUUCAUAGUCACUAUAUACUAAUGGUGUGUGAAAAUGGUAGUUCCUUGUUUUCUUAUUGUGUGAGUGGUGCAUGUAUAGAUAGUUAAUUUGUUGCAUGGCCAUCUUUUGUGUGUUGGUUUGGAGAAGCUUGUUUGCUUUUUAAUUGCGCAAAUGUUUGAGCGUAGGAUAUGGCAUGCAUGGACUUUUUAAAGGUUUGUGUUUGAGUCUAAUGCAUGGUUGUACAUUUUAUUGAGAUAAAAAGUCUAAGUUGUGAUGGUGGUGAUGAGUCCUAAA